AUGAUGACAGAAACACACAUAAAUUCCAAUCAUGUUUUAAAUUCUGGUUUGAAUACCAAAUCAGAAAUAGACAAAAUGGAUGAUGUAGGUUGGAAAGCCAAAUUAAAAAUUCCACCAAAGGACAAACGAAUUAAAACUAGUGAUGUUACUGAUACUCGUGGCAAUGAAUUCGAAGAGUUUUGCCUAAAACGAGAAUUAUUGAUGGGCAUCUUUGAAAAAGGCUGGGAAAAGCCUUCCCCAAUUCAAGAAGCCAGUAUUCCGAUUGCACUGUCAGGAAAAGAUAUUUUGGCUCGUGCAAAAAAUGGUACUGGUAAAACUGGGGCCUAUUCAAUUCCAGUGUUAGAACAGGUUGAUCCACGAAAAGAUGUGAUCCAGGCACUGGUAAUUGUACCCACUAGAGAAUUAGCUCUUCAAACAUCACAAAUCUGCAUUGAACUGGCAAAACACAUGGACAUAAAGGUAAUGGUCACUACUGGAGGAACAGACUUACGAGAUGACAUUAUGAGGAUUUAUCAGAAAGUGCAAGUAAUAAUAGCAACGCCAGGAAGAAUUCUUGACCUGAUGGACAAGAAGGUUGCGAAUAUGGAUCACUGUAAAAUUCUAGUUUUGGAUGAAGCAGAUAAGCUUCUGUCGCAAGAUUUUAAAGGAAUGUUGGAUCAUGUCAUUUCUAGAUUACCACAUGAACGUCAGAUACUGCUGUAUUCAGCCACAUUUCCUCUGACGGUGAAACAAUUCAUGGAGAAACACUUGAGAGAUCCAUAUGAGAUUAAUUUAAUGGAGGAACUCACAUUGAAAGGCGUAACACAGUAUUAUGCCUUUGUACAAGAACGACAGAAAGUUCAUUGUCUGAAUACACUGUUUUCCAAGUUGCAAAUAACACAAAGUAUAAUAUUCUGCAAUUCAACGCAACGUGUUGAAUUACUUGCGAAAAAAAUAACAGAUCUUGGAUACUGCUGUUAUUACAUACACGCGAAAAUGGCGCAGGCACACCGAAAUCGCGUGUUUCAUGAUUUCCGAGCAGGGUUAUGCAGAAACUUGGUGAGCAGUGAUUUGUUUACUCGUGGUAUUGACGUACAAGCAGUGAACGUCGUAAUCAAUUUUGACUUUCCAAAAAUGGCAGAGACAUAUUUGCAUCGUAUUGGCCGAUCAGGACGAUUCGGUCAUUUAGGUAUAGCUAUUAACCUAAUCACAUACGAGGAUCGUUUUAACUUACAUCGUAUCGAACAAGAGCUUGGAACAGAAAUAAAACCUAUUCCAAAGGUAAUAGAUCCAAGUUUGUACGUAGCAAGACCAGAAGACAACAAUAGUAUGGAAGAGGGUAAUGUGUCCAAGUAGUUUCGAUACAUCGUUACGAUGUUUUACAUGCGCUCAAAGAGUUUAAAGUGUAAAAUGGUGAUUGUGUGGCUCGUACAUAAAAGGCAUACAUUGCUAUGCUUUGAACUCACAGAGUGAAACGUUACUUCAGUCUGAAAAAGUAUUGUCUUGUGUGUUUAACGGUGUAUAAAGACGAAACAGUGCUAUGAACAUUUAGAUAAAAAAAAAAAGUGGUCUAUUAUAGAAAAAAAAUUGAAAAUUUCAAUUAAGAUCAUAGUAAAACAGCGAAAACUUGAAUUACUUGUAAAUAAGGCAUACUGAGCAUGGAAACAGUGAACUCAGUGAAUGAAGUGAUGCGAAUGCCGGUGCGAGUCAUUCUUUGUACAUAAAUACAUAUAAAUGUACAUAAUCUAAAGUGCGCGACAGAGUCAAGCCAUUAUCAAGAGCACAAUAUGUAAACAAGUACAUGAGUAACAUAAUAAUCAUUACAUUUUACCACAAUUGUAAAUAUUACAUGAGAGUAUCCAUCAUUUUAAUAGUAAAUUUUUAUACAAUGGCUUCAUACUUCCGAGAUCUUUAUUUCUCUUUAUUUUGUUCUUUAAGAAAACGAAAAAAUAAAAAAAACAAAAUGAGACGGCACGUGAGAUUCAAAGAAAAAAGGAUAACAGCCAUAACGAAAUUAAAUUCGCAUUUGAACUGUUUACGAAUAUCUGUAAAUUAAUCCACGUGCCUGCUACUUUUGCAUCACCAUAUCUUGCAUAUAAAUUCUCUUUAAAAUAUACAAUCAAUCACAAAUUCUAAAUAUUGUAUUGAUCUUAACAUUUGAUCAUGGCUUGAUUUUGCUACCUGUCAAUGCUGUUGUACAACUCUGAAAUUCAACUCACUUUUCAAAAAAAAAAAAAAAAAAUCAAUACGAGAAUCUUUUUUUUUUCCUGCAAAGUGGUAAUAGAGACUUUUUAUUUAGAUUUAAUCUGUGAUUUUGCUUUUUGUUUUUCUUUCAUUUUUUUCUUUAUUUUUUCUCUCUCUCUCUUUUUUUUCUUUUUUUUUUUAACGAAAUUGUGAUUGGGCGUCAGAGGUUGUAAAAUUGACUAGUUUUAUAUAAUUAUUUUUUAUAAAUAACUGGCUGGUGGCAUUUGUGAACAUCAGGGAUUCAAUGUAUGAUUUCUAUUGAACACUUGUGUGUCUGUUAUACUUCAAAAUCGACAACGUGCGAGUAAGAAAAUAAUCCAGCGAUGAUUGUUCGUUACUCCCGAAAACAUAUUAUGUUCAGUCAAAUCUAUAGAAGUAAACAGAAAGUGUACAUAAUCUUAGUAUAUCAUUCUUUUUUUUUCAACAGAAAAGCAAACUGCCAAAAUUUAAUAGAAUAUCAUCGUUGAAUCUCUUUUUAUUCUUAGUUCUCUUUUUGAUAUCCGUGUACGAAAUGUAACAAAAACACGAAAGCGUAUAAGAUGUAGUUUUCCUUAUAAAUUUUGAUUAAUUAUUCUCCCGUGAACAUGAAGUGGACCACCAGCCAAGACGACCUAGGUUAAUGGAACGAAGUGCGUAUACAUUAAUAGGCAAUAGUAGAACGUUUCAUAUUCGAAGCAAAAAAAGAAAUUCAAAAGAGCGAUGAAAAGCGGUUUAAAAUGUUUCUAUACUUAUAAUAUCAGUUUUGACGGAUAUUUUGCUUCACCGAUGGAGACACCAGGAGACAUGUCUUACAACGAUAAACAAAAACAUACUUGACUGCUAGAACAGAAAGUGUAAACACUUGAGAUUCCGUCAUAUGAAUAUCUAAUUAAUUAUGAUCUCGAAUGUCCAUUAUAAAUAAUUGAUGGACGCUUUUAUACGUGUAUUUUGCAAAAGAAACACAAUAUAUUAAGUUUUGAGAUCAAUAUAGUUCCAUGUGAUGUCAGGUAUACAAGUUUACUUACCAAAUUUAUUGACUUCUAUAGACGACACAUGUUCAUCAGAAUCACAAGGAACGAUAUUCGAAGUUCCAUACAAACGUUUGUUAAGAGAGUUGUAUGUAUUGACUUGUGUGCAUAUCAAAGAUAACGAAAUUCUUCUAAUGCAUUUUUUGCACAAACAUUUCAUCAUUUUAACCUAUUAAAUGAUAUGCAGUAAAAUUAUUGAUUAAAUGACUUCAUGAAACUCUCUCUUGUGUCACUAUCUGAGCAUCAAUGCUGUGAUUUUUAGUAUUAUAUAGUGUCUAAAGCAUUGAAAACCGUUUUUCUUGCUAACACAGAUUAUCAUUUGAUACCAUACGAGGUUUCAACGUUGGAAAUGUCUCUCUGUAAACAUACACACAUACAUGUAAACUUAUAAACAGUGCGAGAAGACAUUGUUCAUUCGGUUUGCACUUUGCCAGUUUGAAAAGGAAUAUGUGAUUUGAGAAGUCGUUAAUAUUAGAAAAUCUCAGAACAGUUGAUUGUAACACAAAACACUUGUCGUAUUGUUGCAAGAAUCAGGCAUUAUGAUGCUUGGAACGAUAGGAGAAAGCCAAUUUAAUGAUAAGGAGGAUUGAUGUGUAAAACAUUCUCUUCCACGUUGGAAUAUAGAUUUCAAGAUGGAAGGAAAACAAAAAAAAAAAAAGAUAAUAGUUUACAAAAAAUUGGCAGUGAGAUCAAUCGAAAUAAUAAUUACGUAAGCGUUGUAUUUAUAACAGUUUAGAGAAACACUUAACAGAGUGUUUUCUUUGUGGCUCUAUCUUUUUACCAACUAUUAACUUUUUUUUGCUCGUAUGCGAUGUUACAAAUUUUCACCGAUCCGAAGGUACACAUUUCGUGAAGUAAAAUCGCAUAUGAAUUCCGUUCCAAUGUAACAGUAUAAUCUCUUUUUUUCUCUUUCUCUUUCUCUUUCUCUCUCUCUCUCUCUCUCUCUCUAUCUCUCUCUCUCUUUAUCUCGUAUUUUAUCAUUUCCUUUAACGUGAGAACAUUAUAAUCGAAGAAACACAGUAUUUUGGAUGUCAGUUCUUCAAGCAGGCUGAAAGCAAGGGAAAUACUCUUCGUAUUCGCUACAAAAUUUCAUUUUUGUGUUAUACAUAUGCAUGUAUAUGCGUGUUUGUAAAAGUUUAUUACGAUUCUCUUGGUGAAGUUGUACAGAUUAGGAAAAAUAAUGUUCUCUCGGUCUUACUGAAUGAUUAAUUUAAAACACCAUUAGAUAUCCUACACGGAAUCUAUUUUGUGAGGUAUAUAUUUUAAGUCAGUCUUUAAAAAGAGCCGAGUUAGAUUAAUGGAGGUCAAUGAAGAUGAACGCCCACAGAAAGCAUUCUUUCACAUGAAAGCCGCAUGAAAUUGUGCCUAAUAAUUUAAUGUAACUCUCAAACACGCGUGUAUUUGUUUAUACGAUGACUUUUUACAAUCGAAUAUUAACCAUUGUUUUGAGAUACGUCAUCAGAGUGAUUUUACAUUUCAUGCUGUGAAAUAUGGCUAUCAAUCAUUAUUGUAUUUAUCUUGGCUCUUUUGAAAGAUUGAUUUCUGCGUGAAAUAAAUCUCUAGUAGAAGUCGGGUGAUAAAGUAAAAAGAAAGAAAACAUUGCUAAAUGCAAUGCUAUGCGUAUAGACUGAAGAAAAAAUUCACAUCUGUUGCAUUCACAAACUCACAAGUGUUUUUAACUUUAAAUUUAUAUUAUGAAAUUUAAAAAUCAUUUAUGAAAUCUUAAGAUACGUAUACACGUGUAUAUAACUACUGUUUUUUUUUUUGUUUUUUUUUUAAAUUAAAUAUUGCAAGUUCUUGCUAUACCCAUACGAUCAAAACAAAUUUUGUUCUUUAACGUUAACGCGAAAGUUUCUUCAUGUCUAUCGCGUAGACACAAUUUCCAAGUGAUGUUCCUGUACCUCAUCUUGGAGAGUAAAAUAGCCUUGAUGUGGAAAUGAUUUGCGUGAGCACUUUUUUAAUAGAAAAGUGUUAAGCUGGUAAUGAGAUUGUAACAUCUGGAUUUAGAAUAUUAUGUUAAGAAACCCUUACAACCAUCGGUAAGGGUUUUAAAUGAAUAUGUACGAUUGAAUUCGUACAAGCGAAGGAUAGAACACCUUCGUGAAACUGUGAAACAUUACAUCAACAGUUUUACACCUUCGUUAUAAUUCGCAUUGGAAGUAAAGUCCAAUGCAACGAGCUGCACCCUUUAAAUUUAAUUUUUAGAGUUUCUAAAUUAACACGUUUUCAUGAUAGACGAAAACUUGAUUGGCCUUGAACCAGUGUGAAAGAAAAAAUAAUUUUAUAAUUCCAAGCAGCUCGUGUAUUCAUAUUGGAACAAAAUCUCCAAUAAUACGUGAAAAAUGUAUUUAAAAAAAGUAAAGAAAAAGUAAAAAAAAAAAAAGAAAAAAAAUUUAAAAAAAAUUAAAAAGCGCCAUUGAAACAGAAAAAGUACCGUAAAUGUUCAAUCUCAUAAUGAUUAUUGUAAUUCGUUAGCAAAAAAAAUAAUAAAAAAAAAAAAUGAUUUCACUGAAUGUUCUACGAUAACGGUACAUUCGAUACGCGUGUUUUGCAAUCGUACACAUAUACAGUUACACUUUGUUUUUUCGUGUUUGCGAAUAAUGAAAGAAAUUCUUUUGUGACAUGUUCGAACAGAAAACGAUUUAUUCACUGACAUAAAAAAGUCCAUUGGAACUACAAAACUCCGUGUGUUGUAAAUGCAAGUCGCACAUUACUAUGCACUUGUUUUUUAAUGUUUUAAACACAAAGUAUGUGUGCUCGAAGAUUUCGUGAUUCAUAGAACCAAUAGAUAUUGCAGAUUAAAAAAACACGCGGUAUUGCUCGACUUGCAUAAAAAGAAAAAGAAA